AUGGAGGGGGAGGAAGACUUGGAGCUUGAAAAACAGCUGAAGAUGCUUAACAAGCCCCCUGUAAAAUCAUUUCAGUCUAAAAGUGGACAUAUUUAUGAUUGUAUUGAUAUCUACAAACAGCCAGCCUUUGACAAUCCUCUUCUGAAAGAUCACAAACUUCAGUAUGCAGUAAUGAAAACUGACGUUGGCGAAUAUUAUGGAGCAAGUGCAAAGCUUAUUGUUUAUGGUUUCCCAAAUGUUAAACUUGAUCAAGCCACCAUAAGCCAAAUAUGGGUCAUAGGAGGCGCUGAUGGACCUGAAGAAAAAAUAAACACUGUACAAGCAGGAUGGCAUGUCCGUAAGAUUACUGUAUACCCCGGUAUAGAUGGUGACUCUUUAACCCAUCUAUCUACGUUUUGGACGGCUGAUGGAUAUAAAACAGGUUGCUUCAACUUCAACUGUCCCGGAUUUGUUGCACUGUCUCCAGACUUUGGUCCUGGAAGUGAAAUAACAGAGCUUUCUGUCUACGGUGGGAUACAAAAAUCAAUUGAAAUAAGUAUCUUCAAGGAUCAAAAAACUGGAAAUUGGUGGUUAACAUAUGGACACGAAAGAUCUUUUGUGGGAUAUUGGCCAAAGGAGCUUUUCAAUAAUUUAGAGAAAGCUACUGAGGUUGACUAUGGUGGUGCGGUUUACUCUCCCUUCAACGAGCCUAGUCCUCCGAUGGGGAGUGGUCAUCUAGCUAUUCCUACUGAAGGUCCAAACAAGACAUGUUAUUUUCUGAAUGUUCAGUUAGUAAACGAAAGAAAUGAGCUCUAUGAUCCAAUAUAUUAUAAAGUCCACAUAAUUGCUGAUAUUACAGAAUAUUAUAAUAUUGAUAACAAUUAUCUGUCAGGACCCCCAGACGGUUACCAAUUCCGUUAUGGUGGUCCUGGAGGUUACACUCGUUGA